CAGUGAACUGUGAAGCGAACUGUUGGGAACUGACUGACGGAGAGGUCCAUGUUGUAGGUUGCACACGUCUCUGCAGCCUCACCCCACAUUUUAUGAAAAAGGACAGCAACUUCAGUCGAUCCACAGAGGUUUGUGGUGCUCCUUUUUAGAGUUUCCUGCUCUUACAUGGUAACACAGAGCUGAAGGUUGGUGAAGAAAGAAAGUCCUACACCCACAAUGGGUGUCACAGAAAGAGGUGGUAGAAAAGUUUUGUGCUCUUCCUGUCGGCUCCUCCUCCAAUCAGCUGAUUUGCAGUUUUGGGCUGAUGCUCUCUGCUGAUUCCCUUACAGAUAAUACGUCUUAAGGGUGUUGAAGAUGGCGGUGUGGAUCCAGGCCCAGCAACUUCAGGGAGAUGCCCUGCACCAGAUGCAGUCUCUGUACGGUCAACACUUUCCAAUUGAGGUGCGACAUUAUCUGUCCCAGUGGAUAGAGAGCCAGCUCUGGGAUGCCAUAGACCUGGAGAACCCACAGGAAGAGUUUAAGGCCAAACGCCUGCUGGACAGUCUUAUACAGGAGUUGCAGAACAAGGCUGAGCACCAGGUCGGGGAGGAUGGCUUCCUACUUAAAAUCAAACUGGGACACUAUGCCAGCCAACUCAAGAGCACGUAUGACCGCUGUCCUCUGGAGUUGGUCCGAUGUAUCAAACACAUCCUUUACACAGAGCAGAGGCUCGUCAGAGAGGCUACAAAUUCAAACUCUCCAGUGGGUGGGAUGAUGGACAGCAUGUCUCAGAAAUACCAACAGAUCAACCAAGCUUUUGAGGAGCUUCGCCUGCUGACCCAGGACACUGAGAAUGAUCUCCGCAAGCUGCAGCACAACCAGGAAUACUUCAUUAUCCAGUACCAAGAAAGCAUGCGCAUCCAGGCUCAGCUGGCCAGCCUGGCCACACUGCCCCCUGCUGACCGUCAGCUACGAGAGCCCGCCCUCCUCAGCAAGAAAAACACCGUGGAGGCAUGGCUGACGAGAGAGGCCAACACACUACAGAAAUACAGACUGGACCUGGCAGAGAAGCACCAGAAAACACUGCAGCUGUUGAGGAAGCAGCAGACCAUCAUUCUAGAUGACGAGCUGAUCCAGUGGAAGAGACGGCAACAGCUGGCAGGCAACGGGGGACCGCCGGAGGGAGGCCUGGACAUCCUUCAGUCCUGGUGUGAGAAGCUCGCAGAAACAAUUUGGCAAAACAGGCAACAGAUUCGGAGGGCAGAGCAUUUAAGACAACAGCUGCCUAUCCCUGGGCCUAUUGAAGAGCUUCUCAACGAACUCAACAGUACUAUCACAGAUAUCAUUUCAACACUGGUCACCAGCACCUUCAUCAUUGAGAAACAGCCUCCACAGGUGCUGAAAACCCAAACAAAGUUUGCUGCUACAGUGCGCCUCCUAGUGGGUGGGAAGUUGAAUGUGCAUAUGAACCCUCCACAGGUCAAAGCCACCAUCAUUAGUGAACAGCAAGCCAAGGCCCUGUUGAAAAACGAGAACACGAGAAAUGACAGCAGUGGUGAAAUUCUUAACAAUAACUGUGUGAUGGAGUACCACCAGACUACAGGCACACUCAGCGCCCACUUCAGGAACAUGUCUUUAAAGAGGAUCAAGCGAUCGGACAGACGAGGAGCGGAGUCUGUCACAGAAGAGAAGUUUACCAUUCUGUUUGAGUCCCAGUUUAGUGUCGGAAGCAAUGAGCUUGUCUUUCAAGUGAAGACGCUAUCACUUCCUGUAGUGGUGAUUGUUCAUGGUAGCCAAGACAAUAAUGCCACUGCAACUGUAUUGUGGGACAACGCUUUUGCAGAGCCGGGGCGGGUACCUUUCCUCGUGCCAGAUAAGGUACUUUGGCCUCAGCUGUGUGAUGUCAUCAACAUGAAGUACAAGGCAGAGGUGCAAAGUAACCGAGGUCUGUCUGAGGAGAACUUGGUAUUCCUGGCUCAAAAAGCCUUCAGCAUCUCCAGCAACAACCCUGAUGACUACCGGAGCAUGACUAUGACCUGGUCACAGUUUAACAGGGAAAGCUUGCCGGGGAGGAACUUCACAUUUUGGCAGUGGUUUGAUGGUGUGAUGGAACUCACAAAAAAGCAUCUGAAACCACACUGGAAUGAUGGAGCCAUCCUGGGCUUUGUGAACAAGCAGCAGGCUCAGGAUAUGCUGAUGUCUAAACCCAAUGGUACCUUCCUUCUGCGCUUUAGUGAUUCUGAAAUUGGGGGAAUUACAAUUGCCUGGGUGGCCGAAAAUCCUAACAAAGCAGGUGAAAGAAUGGUUUGGAACCUCAUGCCCUACACAACCAAAGAUUUUACCAUUCGCUCGCUGGCUGACCGCAUUAGUGAUCUCAAUCACCUUCUGUUCCUCUACCCUGACAGACCCAAGGAUGAGGUUUUCUCCAAAUACUACACUCCGCCUCUCUCUAAAGCAGUUGACGGUUACGUGAAACCGCAAAUCAAACAAGUGGUGCCUGAGUUUGCCACAGCCAAUCCCGACCCAGCAAGUGGGAACCCAACUUACAUGGAUCAAGGUGCCUCUCCAGCACCUGUCAGUCACCCUCACACCUACGGCAUAUAUCCAGCUAUGGGUGACUCUAUGUUGGAUACAGAUGGAGACUUUGACCUAGAUGACACCAUGGACGUAGCAAGACAUGUAGAGGAGCUUCUUCGGCGGCCUGUCGAGAGCCAGUGGAGUGGCCAACAGUCAUGACCCUUGACCCUUUAACUUGCAACAAAACCAAAUGAGCCCUGCCUGGCAACUUGCCCUCCUUACAUUGAUAUGGGUUAAUUCCAUUGGUUUCUCUUUUUUUUCAUAUUGCUAUAAUGUGAAAUGUUUAUAAUGGUUGUGAUUUUUUUUUCUUCUUUUUUUUUUUUUUGCUUUUCAGCAUGAAAACAAGCAUGUCAGUGACUUCUUAUUGUUUUAUUUGUGUAAUCAGUGUUUGUAAAAGAAAGUAUAAUACAAAACCUCUAAUGUUACAAUAUUAUGAAAAAGAAGUAAUGGUCACUCACAUAGUGCAUGCAUUUUCACUUGAUUUUAAACUGAUUUUAAAAAAUAUGCUACUGUAUGAAGUUAUUUUAGAAGCUGGAUGCUUUUAUUUUAUAUUACCUUCUUUGUAAAUGGGUUAAUAGUAUUUUAUUAGUGACAUUGAACUUGCCCUUUGACAAAAAAAAAAAGAAACUUUUAUGGAAAAGUUUUGAUUUUGCUCCUUAUAACAUGAUCCGAGUCACUGCUCUGGAGAGUUACAGUCAUUUUUUUCAAACCCAUAUACACUAACCUAAAGGCAGAGUGACUCUUUGCUCACUGCAACUGACAGCACACACGCUUCAAAGAUACACGUGCACAAGUUUAGGGUAUAUUUGUUUCUGAUUUGUUCACCAGCUGAAAGGAGGGGAGAAUUAAGUACCUCCCUUUCUCUCACAGGGCUACUUUUCUUCUGUUUGUACCUGAAAUGCAAAUCUGAGCAUCUACCCAGUGCUCCCUGCUUGUCCUCUCAGGUCCCUCUGUGCCCCUCAUCAGUGCUACCUCGCAUUAUUCCACUGAUACUCUUUGUUAUUGGUUCUGUUGCUGUUUCGGCACCACUUUCACACCAGUAGGUACGAUCAGAGGAUUUUGUUCUUUUAAUUUGCGUUACUUUGUGUGAAUAUGAUCCCUUGCUGCGAGGCUAACUCUGUUGGCUGUUUUAUGCUUGAAGCCGCUCACCUGGAAAACACCGGAAUCAUGAAGUCUCACAUCUUGAUUGUUAAUGCCUGAAUAUUUGGGGCUGUUUUGGCUCCCUUGUGACUUUUCUGCCUUUCAGUGCAUUUUUUUUUUCUCCCCUGUAGCUGCAUUAUGACACUGUGGCAAAAUGAGCAUGUGCAUGUUACUGUGUGACAACAUGACUGUUCCAGCAGCAGAAGUUACAAAGCAUAUAUGGAUGGGUGCAGACUUUGAAUGCUUGCACAUACUCACAAGCUGCUGGGCCAUGUUUAGAGUUCUAGGAUGUUGAAUUGUGUCGGUUUGUUUCCUUGUCUGACUUGUUUUUGGUUAAGAUUAAUUUUUUCCUUAUGCACCAAACUCCCCCCCCUACACAUGGAAAAUAAUUGUCUUGCAUCUCAGGAAUGAAUCACUUUGCUUAGCCAAUGUAUAAGCCAAAAAGAUCUAUGUAUACAGAAUAUAUGAAUUUAUUUUCUCUAUUGUAAUUCUAUUUUAUUAUUAUUAUUAUUAUUAUUGUUUCUCUGGCACUCCCAAAUUGAAUGUAAACCUGUUGCAUGACCCUAAGGAUUUGUGUACCGUACUCUCUCAGUCAGAUAAAAAAAAAAGUCCCCCAUGACAACAAGUAGCAGCUGAAAAA